CUUCUGGCGAUUCGUGCUUGCCAGCUUUGCUUUUACUCGGCAGCAACAACAAACAUAUAUAAGCAUCUCAUUCACAUGAACACCCCAUCUAAUAUUUAAUAAUAAAAAUCCAUUUUUGACAAAAAGGGGUUGAUUUCACAGCCAAAUCGGAUUCUGGGUUGGAAGAAUUUCACCAAAAAAGAACAACAAUUGGUUGAUUCAGAUGAUGGAGGAUCGAAGGCUGGUGCUGGUUCUCAUCAGCACCUGCAUUCUCUGUUUCUUGGUCAUUGGCAUUAAUGGUGACACAGAUCCAAAUGAUGCUAAUGCUCUAAGGAGCUUGUAUCAGAAUAUGAACUCACCAUCUCAACUAAAUUGGCCUCAGAAUGGCAAUGAUCCUUGUGGACAGUCUUGGAAAGGCAUUAGUUGCAAGGACAAUCGCGUCACCGAGAUCAAGUUACCUGGUCUUCAACUUAGUGGAACUUUGGGUUACCAGCUCGAAAGCUUGACAUCUGUGACUUACUUUGACUUGAGUAACAACAAUCUUGGUGGCAGCUGGUACCAACUCCCUCCAAAUUUGCAGCACCUAAAUCUCGCUAAUAAUAAUUUCAAUGGGCCGAUCCCAUAUUCGAUCUCUCAAAUUACUUCACUUAAAUACCUGAAUCUUGGUCACAACCAGUUCCAACAAGGAUUGACUGUUGACUUUUCAAAGCUUACUUCCCUCUCUACACUGGAUCUUUCGUCCAAUUCGCUGACAGGGGAUCUCCCUCAGACAAUGAGCUCACUUUCGAGCUUGUCAACCUUGUAUCUGCAAAACAACCAGUUCACGGGCACCAUCGAUGUUCUUGCUAACCUGCCACUUGACACUUUGAAUGUGGAAAACAAUCAUUUUACAGGCUGGAUACCGGAACAGCUGAAUGGCAUAGACCUACAAAAGGGUGGUAAUUCAUGGAGCUCGGGGCCUGCGCCCCCUCCGCCUCCUGGGACACCUCCAGCAACAACCAGCCGUCACCACAAAUCCGGUGGGCAUGGCAGCUCAUCAGGUGGUAGCUCUAGUGAUGGGGGUAAAAAAUCUGGUAUUGGAGCCGGUGGCGUUGCUGGAAUAGUGAUCUCCAUAUUGGUUGUUGGGGCAAUAGUAGCAUUCUUCCUGGUGAAGAGAAGAUCCAAGAAGUCGUCGUCAUUAGACACGGAAAAGCUUGACAAUCAGCCAUUGGCUCCUCUUGCUUCAAAUGAAGUGCACGGAUUGAAUUCUAUGCAGAGUUCCUCUGUGAUUGACUUGAAAACAUUUGACACUCCUGUGGAACCAAUAAAUGUUAAACCCCCUAUUAAACCCCCACCUCUCAAAUCAUUCGACGAGGAAGAAAUUCCAAAGAAGCCAACUGCUGUCAAGAAGACUGUCGCUGCUCCCGCAAAUGUGAAAGCAUAUUCUAUAGCUGACCUGCAGAUUGCUACUUCAAGCUUCAGUGUGGAUCAACUCCUUGGAGAGGGGUCUUUCGGACGUGUAUACCGUGCACAAUUCGAUGAUGGAAAGGUUCUUGCAGUAAAGAAGAUAGAUUCAUCUAUCAUUCCCCAUGAUUCAUCCAACGAUUUUGUGGAAGUAGUCUCAAACAUCUCCCAUUUGCAUCAUCAAAAUGUGACAGAGCUUGUUGGUUAUUGUUCGGAGCAUGGACAACACCUCUUGGUCUACGAGUUCCAUAAAAAUGGAUCGCUGCAUGACUUCCUUCACCUACCUGAUGAGUACAGCAAACCAUUGAUAUGGAACUCUCGUGUCAAGAUCGCUCUAGGGACAGCUCGCGCCUUAGAGUACCUACAUGAAGUUUGUUCGCCUUCGGUUGUUCAUAAGGAUAUUAAGUCAACCAACAUAUUGCUUGAUUCAGAUCUUAACCCUCAUCUUUCAGAUUGUGGAUUGGCAAGCUAUAUUCCAAAUGCAGACCAGGUAUUGAACAAUAAUGCUGGAUCGGGAUACGAAGCACCGGAAGUUGGUAUGUCCGGUCAGUAUACGCUUAAGAGUGAUGUCUACAGCUUUGGAGUUGUCAUGUUGGAACUUCUUAGUGGAAGGAAACCGUUUGACAGCUCAAGGCCAAGAUACGAGCAGUCUUUGGUACGGUGGGCGACACCACAACUCCAUGAUAUCGAUGCAUUGGCUAAAAUGGUUGAUCCUGCGCUGGAAGGGCUAUACCCGGUUAAGUCGCUGUCCCGUUUUGCCGAUGUUAUCGCACUUUGUGUUCAGCCGGAGCCGGAAUUCCGACCACCGAUGUCGGAAGUGGUUCAAGCAUUAGUUCGGUUAGUGCAGAGAGCAAACAUGAGCAAAAGGACAUUUGGGACUGAGCAAGGAGGAACACCAAGAGCGGGUGAUGAGCCUGAUACACCAGACAUGUAAAUUUUAUUGCAAAUAAUAAGAUCAUUGUGUUUAAUAGAAUGGCUUAAAAAUGGAAAGGAAAAACAAAAUAAUAUUAUUCUCUCUUUCUUUGAAUGUACCUUCUAUUAUUGUUUGAGGUUGAACAAUUUUUUUCGUGUAAUAUACAGCGUUAGUCCUUUCAA